CCAGGCGUUCUGCUGUAGGCAGAAGGCAGUUUUGUGUUAUGCCCAAGUCAGAUGUCAGAGUCACAAUAUGAAUGGAAGAUUUGGAAUUUCUCCUCAUCCAGUGUAACAUAAUACAUGUAGAUUAUCUGCCUCACGCUGAAAGGAUACGGUUCGAAAAUAAGCUAUCAGAGACUGAAAGAUACAGACCUUAAGCAGAGCGCUCCCUGUCGGGAUCAACAGUCAAAUGUGAAGACGUGAGAUUCAAGGAAAACGUCAUGUCAUUUACACAAGAACACCGGGCCCAGCUGGAAUCACGAGGUUGGACGGUGGUGCCGGCUGUAGUGUCUGAAGCAGACUGUGACAGGCAUCAAGCUUAUUUCAGAAAAUGGUUGAGCGGCUUUCAGCAAUAUCCCCAGAGUCGUAAUUCUUUGAUAUGGAAUUACAAAAGUGGAUACCUGGCUCCAGUAUGGGAAGUGAGACUGGCAGCUAAAGACACCUUUGCUCAAAUCUGGGGUACGUCUAGACUACUAACCAGCAUUGAUGCUAUUGGCCUGGGCAGACCACCUGAGUCAAGUGGUGAGACGUUCUGGGAGCCAAAGGGCGUCAAGUUUCGAUCGAAUCAAACAGCAGAGAGGGAAGGUCUGCACGCGUACCAGGGAAAUGUCAACUUGGAGCAUUGCGAGACAGAUGACUGGACGUACGAAGUUCUGGAGGGCUCGCACAAACUUUAUGACAACUUCAUGGAGAGUAGCCAACAAUGGCACUGCACUUGUCUAAAGCCUGAACACAUCGCCUGGUUUGAGGAGAAAGGUUGCUCCCGUAAACGAGUGACGUGUCCGAAAGGUGGCAUGCUCGUGUGUGAUGCGAGACUUUUCCGGGCAGACGCAAGACCAACCCGUGGACGUGCCAACUCCGGAAGAUGGCGGUUCCUGAUAUUCGUGUGUAUGACUCCAGCCUCGUGGGCCACUGACUCGGACCUAGCGGUGAAAAGAAAAGCGUACGAGAAUCUCAUGCUCACCACACAUUGGCCAUCGCAGAAGAUCUUACUGUUUCCUGACGACAUUGACAAAAAAGAAGCAAGCGACCCGUACCCAGAGUUCACUUUACCGGAGCUAGCGUGUACUGACGAGGCUAAGAAGUUGGCCGGUGUCAUGGAGUACAACGACAACGAGAAGGAUUCAGAAUUUCGUCCAACAUGGAAUGAAGACAAAUGGGGUGCUUUUAUUGAUGAGUUUUUAACGAUGCAACUGACAGUGAAUAAGAAGAAAAAAUAAGGAACAAAGUCUCACUUAAACCCCAAGGGGGGAAAUGAGAUUAGCGAUGUCCUCUUCACAUGGUUUCGUGUAUCAUGGGGCAUAGGAACUGUUUUUAGAUAACACCCACUUUUUCUAUGAUAACUACAUGUAUUUAGAUUGCAGCGUUCAGGAAAACUAAAUCGUAAUGCUCUGACUACUUUUGAGAGAGUAGCUGUUCCUUGUAAGGCCACUCAUUGGGUACACUUAUUAUUCUGCCAUGAGAACACAGCUAAAUAGCCUUUUUGAGGGUGGUUUAUUUGUGUUGAUGUAGCUGUUUGCAUGUUGAGGGAACCGGCGUCUGUGGUGUGGGGGUAAGGCUUUUCGCUGUCUCGCUGAAGAGAUCGAGUUCGAUUCACAAGAGGAAAGGGGGGGGGGGUUAUAUCGAGCAUCUGGGUCUUUUUGCUGGGAUGUUGCAUCCCUUUCACCCAGGGUUGGCCUUGACAAGAAGGGUCGGAACCCCGACUCCUAAAAGAAGUAAAUUGUGUCGAUGCAUGCAUAAAAAUAGCUAUAUUUUUUAAAGAA